AGCCGGGGAAGCAAUUGACCCUCUAGUCCCCACAUGCAUCAUCAGAAACAACAAUUCCGUCUACUUCAGGCCUUCAACCAGACGAAAGCACCAUGAGAAAGAACGAUGACGACGCCAAAGAGAACCAGAACGAAGGUUCUAUCACCGACUGGGUCUCCGGAGGACCGAUUGGUGCCAAAGGAGCCGUUCUGAUUUUCCGUUCAUGCGUACUAGCAUCAAGAACCCCAUCCAUGGAAUCCGCAACGAAAACCGUGGGUAACAACACCGGGACUGCGAUCCUGUUGAAUAAAGCCAAGAAUAUGGCGAGACGACUGGUCGCAGAACCUCAUUCCUUUAGCGUAAGAUCGAAGAAUAUCAUGCAUGACGUCAUGGAAACUUUCGGGAACCCUAACAAAUUUACUGGACAGUCUUACGUGGUGAGACACGUGAGUGAUGCCGAAGUUCCGGAAACAGUAACCGUGGAGGAACAAGGACAUGAAAGCUUUGAGCAUAAGCGGGACAUAGAUGAUGUUUUAAAUGACCUGAAUAAAAUUACGCUUAAGAAACACCUGAAUAUUGAGAAUACGACUGCAAAUAUCAAGUUGGAAGAGCCAGCUCCUACGACGACUCAUAAAGUUCCGGAGGUGGAGAAAAAGCCUAAGAAGACGAAAAACAAGAAGCGCAAACCCCCUGCUGUGCAUCAGCGGCCCAUGUCCCCGACAUUCGACAGCGAUGACUCUGAACACCUGCUCGUCAAAGAGGUGGACAGCGUCAAGGUCUUAGAAAGCAGUCGUAUGCCAGCCCGUAUGCUCAAAAUCAGUUACAAGCUAGUCAACACGGAGACCAAGCUCCUCCACCGGCUACUCCAAGCCCACGGUCUUCAGGAAGCCAGCAGUGACUCGAAAGACUUCAACCUGCUAUGGUCCGGACUACAUCCGAAACCUGAUGUCUUGAGAUCUUUGUCGCCUUAUCAACGGGUUAACCAUUUUCCAAGAUCUUACGAACUAACACGCAAAGACAAGUUAUUCAAAAACAUAGAGAAGAUGCAGUACUUCCGAGGUUUGAAACACUUCGACUUCAUCCCGACCACGUUCCUUAUGCCUGCGGAGUUCAAGGAGCUUUGUACCACUCACUACAGAACUAAAGGGCCUUGGAUCGUCAAGCCAGCGGCUUCGAGUCGCGGAAGGGGCAUCUACAUUGUUAAUACUCCGGAACAAAUACCUAAAGGCGAGAACGUGGUUGUAGCUAAAUACAUAGACAGGCCUCUCUUGAUAGGCGGUCACAAAUGCGACCUCCGCCUGUAUGUAUGCGUCACCUCCAUCGAUCCUCUCCUCAUAUACCUCUACGAGGAGGGACUGGUCCGUUUCGCCACAGUCAAGUACGAUAAGACAAACAAGAAUUUGUGGAACCCCUGCAUGCAUUUGUGCAACUACAGCAUUAACAAAUAUCACACGGAUUAUGUCAAAUGCGACGACCCUAACGCUGGCAACAUAGGUCAUAAAUGGACCCUCUCGGCUCUGCUGCGGCACUUGCGCAAGCAAGGUCGCAACACUACCGCGCUGAUGGCGGCCGUCGAGGACCUCGUCGUUAAGUCCAUCCUGUCCUCAGCGCAAACCAUCACUGCAGCCGCUAGGGUCUUUGUGCCCAACUUCUUCAACUGUUUUGGUAAGAAUAACAAUGCUACAUCGAUAACUACUGCCAUGAAAAGACUCUUCAUACUUACUCAUAUAACUAUGUCCACAUAUUUAGCAUGCGAGAGCCCCCUAGACGCGCGGGUGAAGUCUGCACUGCUUGCAGACACGCUGACGCUGGUCGGUCUACCGGCCGUGCCCAUGUCCAAAGGAGAGUCUUCCGGGCCGUCGAAUUCGCUCAAGGUGCGGAUUGGUGCGUGCCGCCGCGUGCACUCGGCCGAGAACGUGUGCGCGAUGCGCAACGGCAAGGGCGGAGGUGGCGGGGUGGGCGCGGCGGGGGGUGCAGGGGCCAUCCCUAACCCGCUGGCCGCGCUCACCGGCGAGGAACUGCGUCUCGUGCGCGCCGUCAGAGGGCAGUACGCCCGGAGGGGGGGCUUCGUCAGGAUUUUCCCCAGCCAGAACUCCUGGCAGAAGUAUUCGCAGUAUUUAGACCCAGUCACAGGUAUUCCAGUCUGCUCGACAUCCCUGAAUAAUAAUGUUCCGUACGCCGUAGUGCAGCACAACUACAAUCUAUUGGUACACUCGCAUGUCCUGCCGCACUUCCAGCACGCCACUGUGGCCACUUCAGUCACCGAUACUCCACAGAGACUAAAGCGCUACGAGGCUGUGACGGUGACGUCAACUGCGCCGGCCAUCUGCCUCGCAGAGGCGCCGCAGCUGCACCACGACACGCGCCGCGCCAAGGAGCUAGUCAAGCGGCAGCUCAGCGAGGGCAUGAAGCUCACCAUGGGCGAGGGCCGGCGCGCCUUCGGGCUGUUCCUGACGCACGUGCUGAAGCGCGUGUCGUCGCCGGCCAACGAGCUGGCCGUGCAGCACGCGGCGCUGGUGCUGCGCUUCCUCAAGCGUGCUUCGGCCUCGCUGCGCAUGCCUUACAAUGUAAAGGGUCCCCCGCCCAAGAUGUGCGACAAGGACCGCUGCGCCGUGAUCGCGAAGCAGCUGAAUGACUUCCUCUACAUGUACUACCGCGAGACCGACCUUUACACCGACAGCGAGGACCGGAAGGGAUGCGUUUCCAAUAUUCACUUUGCGCAGUUCCUCUAUUCUGCCAGUGAGGCAGACCUCGAAGACGUGCUCCUUCUGCUAUUAAAAACAGAAAACUACACAGUAACAUUCCUCGGAGACACCCGCAACCCGUUCUGUGUGGACCUACCGGCGACCAAGCUCUCUGUGGACUCGCCGCCAAAGCAUACGUUGCUCAAGUUCUUGGGCAAUUUGUGCCCGGUCAACACGAGGAGACACAGACCGGAGGCCGGCCGCAGCUUGGAGAACGACGACCUCCCCACUACCGACUCCGAUCCCCCCUUCUCCACAUCCGACAUGGUUAUCAAGGACUCGAUGAAAGCGGAGAAACCACUAAACAUGGCUUUAAAGUACGCGCGGUCAUAGCGCUCUACGACGGUGACCAAGCGCAGCCUCAUGCAUGCGCUUGCGCAAGCCAGCAGACUGAGAGGAACGAAAAGACGUUAAGUGUAAUGUUUGUCUUGGAAUGUGCCCUGUGUUUAUUUAGCAGC